AGGGCCGUGGGGGAAGCAGACCACCUGCCCGUCGCAAACUUGACUCCCAGCGGCUGGGUGCGCCUCCAAAUCGGCGGGGGCGGGUGGGGUGCUGGGCUCCUGGGAAGUGGAGCAGCAGCGGGGCCUCUCCCUGGGACACCCCCAUCAUGCUGUGACCUUCAGGCGACCUUCCAUGUGGCCCGGGCCCACGUGAUGCCCAGGGGUGAGCUGUCCUGAGCCGCUGUGGUCCAGCCGCCUGCCUGUCCGCACCCCCACACAGCGUCAUGGAGUCCAGAGGGAAGACGGCCAGCAGCCCCAAGCCCGAUGCCAAGGCGCCCCAGGCCGGUGCGGAGGUCAGAGGCCCCCCGGCUGCGGACGGGAAAGGCCCCUCGGCCAAGCCUGGGAAGAAGGAGGCCCAAGGGGAGAAGCAGGAGCCGCCGGUGGCCCCUGCCCCGCCGCUUGCCAAGAAGACACCGGCCAAGGCGGACCCUGCCCUUCUCAACAACCACAGCAACCUGAAGCCGGCCCCCGCGGCCCCCAACGCGGCCCCCGAGCCCAAGGGCCCAGGCGACGGGGCCGAGGAGGACCAGGUCCCCAGUGGGGGCCCGGGGGGCCGAGGCCCCUGCGCCUUCGAGAACUUGACCCCCCUGCUGCUGGCUGGGGGGGCGGCUAUGGCAGCCGUAGCCCUGAUUCUUGGUGUGGUCUUCCUGGCCCGGAAAAAAUGACGGCUGCUGCCCAGGCUGGGGACCAACCACCCCUGUACAGACCGUGGGAUGUGCAUGCGAAUCCUCAUAGCUGUCUACCCAUAAUCCAUAGG